AGGCGCACAUGCAUUGAGAGAAACACACUUACACACACACACACGCGCGCAUAGUAGUAGAGGCUGCGUUUUCACAGCCCGCUCUCCAGACUGACAGCAGCAAACGGAGUUGAGAGUCAGCACGACAGAGCGAGGGAGAGCGAGGACUGGAAACAAGGGAGGCAUCCACAGAGGAGAGACAAGGAGAGGACAGUUACACUGGAUUUUUCCUUUUUUUUCUUCUUCCUCUUUUAGCUCUGUGGGAGCCCUUCGAGGAAUCUGCCUUGUGCUCUUCUUGGACUGAACUUGCUGCUAAAGGACCUGCAUCCUGCUAUGGCAGCUCUGGCGGGACACGGGAACACCGGUUCCCUCUCAUCUCAACACUGGACUGCCUUCAUCUGGGCUCUGUUGACCCUAUCAACCCAAGUGUGGGGCUUCAACCUGGAUACUACUCACACUCUGCACAAGUUGGGAGACCGCGGCACCUUUUUUGGUUUCUCUCUUGCACUUCACCAGCAGGUUACCCCGGAGCCCCAGAGCUGGAUCCUGGUGGGGGCGCCACAGGCAGCAGGCCAGGGCCUGUUGAGGGGCAGUCGACCCGGGGCCCUGUUCAGGUGUCCAAUCACACCAGAGGAGUACGACUGCGAGAGGGUUGACAUCGAUGGAGAUGUGAGUCUGGACAGAGAGAGCAAACACAACCAGUGGCUGGGAGUUACAGUGAAGAGUCAGGGGAUUGGAGGCAAAGUGGUGACCUGCGCUCACCUGUACGAGCUGAGGCAACGUGUGAAUCAACCUUCAGAGACUCGUGAUCCCAUCGGCCGCUGCUACGUCCUGAGCGAGGACCUGACAGAGCGAGAUGACCUGGACGGUGGGGAGUGGAAGUUCUGCGAGGGUCGGCCACAGGGGCACGAGCAGUUUGGUUUCUGUCAGCAGGGCCUUUCUGUCAGUUUCACACCGGACAACGACUUUAUCCUAUUUGGAGCUCCAGGAACAUACAACUGGAAAGGUGAGAUGCGCGUCCAGCUCCUAAACCAGACUCUGCUCAACCUCGGUUUCUUUGACGACGGACCCUACGAGGUGGCAGAUCAGAAACAGCUUAAUGCCCAGCUCAUCCCUGUGCCUUAUCACAGUUACCUGGGGUUUUCUGUCGACUCGGCUAAGGGGAUAAUGAGCCUGGGAGAGCUGACAUUUGUUGCCGGAGCCCCCCGGGCCAAUCACACAGGUGCAGUGGUGCUCCUGAAGAAGGAUAACGUUUAUCGGCUGGUGCCACAGCACAUCUUCUGGGGGGAGGAGCUGGCUUCUUCGUUUGGGUACUCAGUAGCAACCACAGACCUCAACAGUGACGGCUGGACAGACCUGAUUGUCGGAGCUCCUAAUUUUUUUGACCGUAAAGCAGAGAUCGGCGGAGCUGUGUACGUCUACCUGAACCCCUUCGGCCACUGGGACGACCAGGCUCGGCCCAUCCGUCUCAACGGGACAUAUGACUCCAUGUUUGGAAUGACGGUCUGCAGCAUCGGAGAUCUGGACCAGGAUGGAUACCAAGAUAUCGCUGUGGGAGCACCGUUUGAUGGAGAUGGAAAAGUUUUCAUCUACCGAGGCUCAGAUUCUGGUAUUGAGACAAAACCUGCUCAGGUGCUGGACGGCCGUGAUUUCGAUGUGAGGCGCUUUGGAUAUUCCAUCUCAGGUGGUCUGGAUAUUGACAACAAUCAGUAUCCAGAUCUGGCUGUGGGAUCUUUAAAUGACUCAGUGGUGCUCUUCAGGUCUCGUCCAGUCAUCCAUGUGAUCAGAGAAAUAUCUAUCGACCCACAAUACAUUGAUUUGGAGCAGUCCAACUGUAAGGGCAGAGAUGGAGUCUGUGUGGAGGUCAUGGCCUGCUUCGCCUUCACAGCCCACCCAGCGCACUACUCACCACACAUUACCCUUGUGGUGCACUUUGAAGCCGACACUGAUCGCAGGAAGCUGGGCCUCCCGCACCGCGUGAACUUCCUGGGCCACAGUCCCCUGGAGCCAGAGUACACGCAGACCGAAGAAGUGGAGCUGCAUCGGCAGCGUCAGUCUGUGUGCACCAGCGCCAUCUUCCAGCUGCAUGAGAAUAUCCGUGACAAAUUGCGUCCCAUCUCUUUGGCUGUAACCCACACUAUCAAGUCCGUGCCUCUACGCAGGCACUCUGCCAAGAAGCUGGAGAAGCUGCCGCCCGUACUGAACAUCUCCCCAUCUAACACACUGCAUUCUGAGGUGAACUUCCUGCGAGAAGGAUGCGGCAGCGACAAAAUCUGCCAGAGCAACCUGAAGCUGAGCUACCAGUUUGGAACCCGGCCCCUGACCUCAGACCUCUUCACCCCCCUGCCAAAAGACGAGGACAACGUGCAGGUGUUUUCUCUGUCAGACCAGCGGGUGGUGGUGCUGGAGAUCACUGUCACCAACAUGCCCUCUGACCCUCUGUACCCUGAGGAGGAUGGCGAUGACGCUCACGCUGCUCAGCUGUUUAUCUCACUUCCAAACACGCUGUCGUAUGGCGGCUCCAGGAUCCCGCCACAGAUGAGAUGUCAAGCGAAUCAGAACGGUUCACAAGUGGAAUGUGACCUGGGAAACCCUGUGAAACGAGGUGCUAAGCUGAAAUUCUCCAUCAACCUGAGCACGUCCAACAUUACCAUUGAGACCACUGAGUUGACAGCAGACCUUUUACUGACAACUAUCAGUGAACAGUCUGACCUGGACCCAGUCACAGCUUAUGCUAAAGUUGUGAUAGAGCUCCCUCUGUCUGUCAGUGGACUUGCUCGUCCUCACCAGCUGUUCUUCAGUGGCACGGUGAUGGGGGAGAGUGCCAUGACCAGCCUCGAGGACGUCGGCAGCCCUGUGGAUUUUGAGUUUGUGGUCGCUAAUCCUGGCCAAGCUCUCCAGACAUUCGGCUCUGCCUUCCUCAACAUCAUGUGGCCUUACGAGCUGACUAAUAAGAAAUGGCUCCUGUAUCCUGCCAGCCUGAAGUUUGAGGGCCACCCAGACACUCGCUGCACCCCCACAGAAGCCCUGAAUUCCCUGAAGCUACAGAGCUCCUCCCCAGCAGAGCCACAACAUCCCGACAAUAACGCGCAGGUCGGAAGAACGCGGCGCUCUCACCCGGAGGAUGAAGGUCAGGUGAUGACAAAGAGCAGCGUGGGACAAACCACACCAGCUGUGGCAGCUUCAGAAAGACGCAAGUCGCUCAAAUUGGAUUGUCUCUUGGGGUCGGCACGAUGUGUCCUGUUCCAGUGUCCUCUCCACAGCUUCUCUGGUCAGGCUGUCCUCAAGAUCCACGCCAGACUGUGGAACAGCAGCUUUAUCGAGGAGUUCUCAGCUGUCAGUGCCCUGGAGCUGCUGGUCAGAGCAAACAUCACCGUGAAGUCCAGCAUCAAACACCUGGUCCUCAGGGAUGCUGCUGCACAGGUUCCAGUGAUGAUUUACCCUGAGCCUGGUCUUGCUGACCAGCACUGGAUCCCCUGGUGGAUCAUCCUCAUAGCCAUCCUCGCAGGCAUCCUGCUGCUGACUCUACUGGUCUGCAUACUCUGGAAGUGUGGCUUCUUCCAGCGAGCCCACUACAAAGACAAACUGCCUCAGUACCACGCGGUGAAGAUUCCUCGCGAGGACCGGCCACAGUUCCAGACUGAGAAGUCGGGAGGUGUCCAUAAAAAGGAAUGGGCCACGCACUGGAGCGACGGGACCUCCUAACUCGCUUUGAAGCACUGACUGACUGAAACAUUUCGAAUCACCACACGUGGCACUCAUUCUGUCUUUGCAUUGGAACUAACUGAUUAAAAACCUGCACUGGGACUGGGAUCGUGAAAACUUGUGCCCACUUUGCUGCGUCAGUACUUUCACGUCUUCGGCCUGUUACACUGUGACUGGAUCCGUGUUGUCCGUAUCCGGCUGACGGCUGGCCUUUUACCGCGGUUUUUACAGUGAAUACUGAAGGCCCGCGACAAUGUUAGAACCAGUUUAGCUGCUCAAUAUGCUUCACAGCCUACACAAGGAGCGAUCACGCUUCAUAGUCAGUCAUCAGUUUGACUGACAGAACAAAGGAGGACUGAAAAUCAAAGACGUGCAUGAAUGGACAUACAGUACACACAUAGAGGACAUUGUUGCUAAAAAAAAAAAAAAAGUCACUGCCCAUUACAAAAACUACUUUUUGCCUUAACUACUGUAUGAUGGACGACUUAUAUGGGCAAUGAAAAAAAAAAUGCAGUUUUAUAUCCCAAAUAAUGUUUGGGAUUUUUUCCUUUUAGUUGGCUGACACUGGAAAUAUUUCAUUAUGUAACAGUGAAUGUUUUCUGGCUGCGCUGGAAAAGGCGUAAAGUAAGCUCACCGUUUUUUUUAUAUUGCCUUACUCAAGCAAACGAACAAGCCCUAUCUUUUUUUUUUUUUUUUGCUAAUAUGUCAGUCAAGCGUAUUGUUCAUCAUUACUCAACUGCCUGAGUCAACUUGAACAAAAACACAUCACAGCUUCUGACGUGGCCACAUUACUGUUGUCACAUGAAAACCAGAUGUAUCAGAGAAACAAACAUAGAUGCGUGGUGUCUAAUAAUGAAAUGACAUGUGCUCUGUGUAUGCUACAGUCUGCAUUUAAUAAUUAUACGACUGUGCAACUGAAUUUCUUUACAUGUGGUUUUCAAGUGACACCCCCAUAUUCUUUUUUUUUACUGAGAUGACUGUAAAGAUACUUCACCAUGAGACAUUGUGGCCUUUUGUAUACAUACUGCAGUUUUCAAAGUGUUAGGAUGGACUGUAUUAACCUGCUUAUGGCACUGUUCCUGCUAAUAUCCUCCACUCAUUGAGUCAGGUUCCUGGAUUGCAUUCAUUUCAUGAGCUGACAUUUCUAAUUGCGUACAAGUGCCUUAUUGUAAAAGUGGCAGAUGGCGAGCCACUGAUUACAAACACGAGGCUACUGCAAAUUAGAUCACGCCGCCCUGAAACAUCUGUUGGACACCGGUGGACAAGUUGAUGUCCCUCCAAUGCUGAAGCGACACCAAGAGAGAGGAGAAGUUUCCCGUGAGAGCAGAAUAAGUCGGAACCAGACGAACUUGCUUUGGAUCUAAUUUGGAUCGAUGAUGUGGCUGUAAAGCAUGAAGAGUCAGCUUGAUUUUUAGGUAUUGCUGGACAAUCAUAUAUUAGCUGCAUGGAGGUCCUGUUGCUGUUCCUACUUUCCCACGUUUCUUUUUUUUUUUUCAUUUGUUCAUGAUUCAUGGUUUUAUUUAUUUUUGUUUGGCUGCACUGUUUUAACAAUGUAAAUAAAAUAAAAGGAAACAAGAUAAACGUA